GCCCACCAGGUACGAUCCAUGGUGCUGGCAAACAAUUACCACCGAUGCGUGACGACUGUGACCUUACGAACUUGGGCACUGUGCCUGAUAUCAUGGACUGUUCGCACGAUGAUGGUGUGCAAACAGCAAAUGUCGACGACGACGAGGAAGAUAUUGCUUGCAUCCAGCGGUUCGAGGACUCGAGGAAUCCAACCGUUGGACCUUUCACUCCGAACGACUGUGAUGUCAGUGAUAUCAAUGAAAGUCAGUGUUCUGCGGGAUCUCGGAAGCGCAGUGCCAUGGACCACUUGGUGUUGUUUUAUUCAUCAGAUGACGAGGCGUUCUCAUCGGACGGCGAUGACAACAGCCCGGAGGUCAAGCAAUGUGGUACACCUCCGACUUGCUGCGUGGACACUGACGAAAUGCGGCCGUUACGCCUAGGGGACUCCUAUCCUUCUAUGACAGCGUUGCGGGACGCAGUGCUGUUUGGUGUUGUGGCGACACAAUUCGAGUUCAAGACACUCAGACACUGUGCUCGUCCCCUAUGUUAGGUUUUUGAAGAUGACCGCCAUGCAUUCUGUGUGCGCCAUGUGACAGGAAACCUUUUGAAGCGAAUGCGUAAGAAGAAGGGGUUUGACAAGCUCGUCAUGAUGGUUGCGUUGACGAACUUCAAACAAGUUCUUAACCACUUCAUGGACCGCAUCAGGCUUUUGUACAACGACCCGGACAUCUGUAUAGUGACAAUGAUGACGUCGCUGGGAUGGGAAGUGACAAAAAACAUGAAGCUCCGUGCGGUGACGGACGGUGAGGAAGAAGACAACGUCGGUGAGGAUGUCGCCGAAGACGAUGACGAUGUAGGUGACGACGGUGAGGACGAUGGGGGUGUCGGUAACGACGAUGACGAUAUCGGUGACUACGUUGAGGAUGAUGGGGAUGUCGACGAUGACGAUGAGGAUGGUAGCAAAGGUGACAAGGAUUCAGACGAGAAUGAGAUGGAGGAUGAAGACAAUAACGGGCGCGAGGCGGAAGUAGGGAAGAGGCGUGGAGUUGGGGGUAAGGAUGAGGAGAACCAGGGGGACGAAAAGGUGGAGGAUGAGGAGAAGGGAGUGAAGGAUCUUGUGGAUGUUGGUGAACAGGAGAAAGAGAGCAAGGGGGGGGGCACAAGGGAUGCGGAGAGUGAUGGAGAUGACGGAGUGGACGAUGAAACGACGAAGCGGACAGGAUUAGAACGAGGAGGACGACGAUGAGGAUGUGAACGCUGACGACAAUGAGGACAAGGGUGAAGCGAGGCAUGAAGAGGAUGACAGAAUGGGCAGCGUGGAUGAAGACGACAGGGCUGAUAAUGAAACAAAUGACAGUGC